CCAGUAGUUGUUGAUGGUGAACUACCAGUAGUUGCUGCCGAUGGAGAGCUACCAGUGGUUGUUGAUGGUGAGCUAGCAAUGGGUGUUGAUGGUGAGCUUCCAGUGGUUGUUGAUGGCGAGCUUCCAGUGGCAGUUGAUGGUAAAUUACUGAUGGUUGUUGAUGGUGAGCUUCCAGUUGUUUUUGAUGGUGAGUUUCCAGUCGUUGAUGGUGUUCUUCCAGUGGUUGCUGAUGUUGAGCUACCAGUGGUUGUUGAUGGCGAGCUACCAGUAGGUGUUAAUGGUGAGCUGCCAGUGGUUGUUGAUGAUGAGCUU